CUUUAUACCAGAGGAGAGUCAUGGCAGAGCAGAACUUGAACACUAAGCAUUUCACCUUGCAGGAAAAGGUGUUCGUGCUUGCGGAUCCAGCUGUGUUUUCUGCUCCACUGGAAGCAGCAGUGAGAGCGCACUUGGAGGUAUGCAGCUUGUUCAGGGACGCACCAACCACGGAGAAACAUCUGAUGAUACGUGUGCUGCGGGCGGGGCUGGGGACGGCGUGUCAAACCUGCAGACUGGCUCAGGCUCUGGAGGCUUUAGGAGACGAAUUGGUGGAGAAAUAUUUUGAGAAAGUAGUGCUCGCUGUGGAGCAGGGUGUAAAGCAGGGCACAGCCUACGCAGCCUGUGCAGCCUAUAGGAACCGACUGCAACACAUACACGGAGACCUCUUGACCGCUGCUAAAGAAGAAAUAUCUGAGACAGAUUGCGGCCCUGUGAGCAGCGCGGCGACGUCCUCUCCAGAGAUCAAAUUCCUCUUGUGGAAAGACGACGAGGAUCUAUGGAAUCUGCUGACAAACUUCACCCUGAGGUCCUGCUCCUACUCCAGCGUUGAUGAGCAAGAGGAAGACAAAAGUGGGAUAGAGAGAUAUCUAAAGGAGAGUGACUGUGAUGACACAGAGCGGCCUCCAGUCACAGAUCCUGCGCCAGCAGUCAUGCGGAGAAAUGCCUUCAAGAACACAAAGACCGAGAUACUGAGUCUCAUGAUGGAGAAGAUCAAAGUGUCUCCAGUUCUUAAGGAAGACCGGCGGUGUCACACAGCACGGGUGGUGGUAAUGGGGGACGACCGUGUGCUGGGAAGGCUUAGCAGGGCUCAUCGCUCUAUACGAAAGAGAGAGUCAAAACAUCUCAAGCUGAGCAGGAAACUGAACCUACAGCUGUACUACAUUCCAGUCACGGAUGUGGAGCCUUCGCCCCGCUCACCUGAUGGGGGUAGAUUGUCUCUCGCCUCUUUAUUGGGGAGAGUGGAUCCAUGGUACAACUGCAACAUCAACAGUCUGGGAGCGACCAUCUCCAAGCUGGCUGGAAAGCAGCGCCAUGACCACAGCCAGCCAUCGGGGGAAAGCCUCUUCCUCCUGGACACCCUGUGCUACUACCUCCGCUGUGGGACGCAGCCCGUUAACCUACCGCUCUAUUCUGUUAAGUUGACCCGCUCCACCUGUGAUGAGACUUCUGCGGUGGAGGAAGUGUUUGUGUCCCAUCUGGAGGCAGACAUCCCAGAGUUCAGACACCUUAAAGAAGGGUUUACAAAGGAACGGUCUGAACAAAGAAAGAAGGCAACAGUGGAAAUGUUUGGGGCAGUCAUCACUGUCAGUUACACAAAGACAUCUUUAAGCAAGCGAGAAGUUGUAAAGGGAGAAGCACCCAUGACCUGUGGCGUGGUGAUUACAUCAGAGCCGGCAGCUGGAACAACAGGUGAAAAUUUCCUCACUGUCAGUUUUGACAGCGUGAACCCAGGACACAACACAAAAAUCCAAACCCAAAACAUCACCAUCGGGACAAUGGAGCAUCGAACGCUCUCUGUGUGUCUGGACAAAGACCCUCGCAGGACGUACACUGAUGUGCAAAGAAUAGAAAUUUGUCCGUGCUUGGACCCGGGCUGCAACAUCCGCUCCAGGUUCAGUGUCAGUAAAGAGCGAGAGCUGACACUGAGCAAGUACCUGGACAAAGUCCUGUCACUGCCAAUCAACACCUUCACUGGUGUGGCCGUCUGAGGGGCGGGAACUGUCUUUCUCAUGUGUGCAGAUAACGCACACUGCUCUACAUGAUAUCAUAUCAGCACUUCAUUGUGUCUUACACGGUGUUCAGUGUCAGAAUAUCUUUGUAUUGUAUUGUAUUGUAUUUAACCUUUGGAAUGCUCUUAUUUUGGUAAAAAUUUAAUAUGGGUUCAAAAUGCCAUUUUCUGUGUAACUUGAUUCCAGCUACUAAAUAAUGUAAAAGUAUGAAUUAACAAUCGGUGGAGAAAGAAGUACCGAGAUACCACAAUUUAAAAAUACAAGUAGAAUCCUGCACAAGUACACACAGUUUACCAGGUGGGUGCACUUAAAGUUACCAAAGUAAAUGUUCUCACUCCACAGAAAGGCCUCUGUUAGGAUGUUAUAUUAUUGGGUCCUCAUGCAAAAGUUAAUUAUCUUGUACGGCAAGAUGGAAAAUAAAACAUGUUUGGGACUUUGGGAGCUUCCCUGUUAAUUUUCAGGACAGGUUACACAUUCUUGUUAGUACGUGCCGUUUACAUGACCUCACGUGAACCCCAGCAGAGCUUUGCACAUCUGCAGCCACUUAACUGUGAGGAACUGUGUUGGUCUUUCAUGUGCAACAAAGCAUCAUUUUUAAUCACAUCAAAGAAACAUAAACUGCAAGAAGUACAUUCAAUUGUACUGUAUUUUAUAACUGUUGAUCUUUAUCUGAUCCGUUAAGUGGUAAAUAAUCACAAACAUUCAUAGUGACUUGAUCCUUAACAGUGAGCAACAGGAAUUCAUUAAUACAUGAAAUCAGAAACACUGCACUUACAUGUUCAGUUUAUUUUAAUGGCAAAUUUACUGAAUUUUCUUCUUUUCUCUUGAGGAGACAAAUGUAAACAUCCGAACCCUGUGACAUGAAUUCAUGAAUUAAACUUAGAUUUGAA